AUGGCUCCCUUCUCAGUGGCUGAUCUCAAGAGUCGCGCGAAUGAUGCCAAGAAACGCGUAGGCGAAGGAUAUGCUGCCACAAGGGACAAAUACUCGAGCACGUCCAGCAAGGACCCUGGAUAUAACCCCCCGCGGCCUGGCAGCGGCGGUACACACCCGCCGCCGCCACCACCACCGCCUGCACCUCGAUGUCUACCACACCAGUCGACUCCGUCUAUAGAGCAUGAUGGCAGUGAGAGCGGGAGCGUGGACUGGGCGAACUUAACAGAGCAGGAUAAGGAAGUCUUCUUCGGCUGGUUGGACGAGUUCUUCUCGCGCUAUACUGGCAAACCGGUAAACUCUUUUGCGCCGCCAGGAAACACCAAAGCUCCGAUAGCGCCGAGACCCGUCCACGCUGCUCCUAUAGCGCCUGUCCUUCCUCAUCGUACUACCUCGGACGCUCCUACGCCUGCUUCUCCUACACCUGGCUUUGCUCCCCCCAUGCCUCCCCGCCGAACGUCUUCGCAGAUAUCUUCGGCGCCCCCAAUGCCAUCGCGACAAGUAUCGCAGGUAUCGCCUUCGCCUCGCGACAAUGUACCCCCGCCUCCGAGACGGAAUAUGCCCCCGCCCGCUCCAGCAGGACCUCCAAAGCCCAACUUCUCAACUCGACCCAGUGCACUACCGCGGGGAUCAUCGACUGUGUCAGCCGCGGUACCCGGUGGCGAUCCGACUAUCGACCUACGCAUGACCUUCCCGCCUAUACCGACUCACGGCUCGAACGCCGCUGACAUGGCUCACUACUUCUCCGGUGAAAGACAAUGGGGCCCUGCGGAUAACUGGUACAACUCUUCUUCUCCUAUACCACCCAUGCCACCGGGCGUCCCUCAGAGUCAGACGCGUUGGGCCGCCUCUACGAGUUCUGGAGGCGGGACUGUGACUCUGAGUGCGAGCCUGGUCUUCGCGGAUACGACCGUCUGCUACUACCGCGUGACAUUCCCAUCUGGGCAUCACUCAUCUGGUGACUCUCGCGUUCGUCGCGAGGCCUGGUACACUCUCCGUCCGCCAUCUUUACCAGGCGGCCCACUUGUCGCUGCUCACAGUGCCUACGGCGAGGUCAUUGCAUCAUUCGCGGAGAGUUACGCGGGAACAGGGCAAUACGUCUCUCGUGGGGAAUGCUGGGAUCUAGCUCACGAAGCUCUGGAGGUUGCAAGGAGCCAGUAUCCGGACCAGGCACCUGUACCAAGCAUCUCUCGCUGCCACGGGCACUUGAUCUACUGCGGCCGGCCCGGUGAAGGUCGUUGGCGCGGUGGCGACGGUUGCGUACGCCGAGGAGACGUUGUCGAAUGGCGCACAGUGCGCAUAGAAAGCGGAUAUGGCUGGUCCACAUUGGGUGAUCCGGACCAUACGGCCGUCAUUGUAGAGGACUGUACACCAUUGGUUCCCGUAUCAGAUGGCAGCGCCCUAACACCUGCUGAACUUGGCGCCCUCACUGUUGUCGAGCAGAGCGUAGGCUCCCCGCCCAAGUUGGAGACCUAUACGCUCUCUGGCAUGACACAAGGAGAGAUGUGGAUCUAUCGGCCGAUCUGUAUGCGCGAGUACGUUGGGUUCGAGUUCGAAGUAACACCACCCUCGGGCGCGCCCGUCAUUUCUGUGUAG